AUGGAGCCGGAGCAACCUGAAGCAGUGCUGUCUGGCGAAGAGCAAAAAGCAUCAGGUGAUUGUGAUCAGAUCCGCCUGUACAUGUACGACUUUGGCCAGUGCGAUGUCCACCGCUGUACCGGACGAAAACUGCUUCGUUGCGGUCUCCUGCGCACACAGCGGCUGAAUGUUCCGUGUCAUGGUGUCUUGCUCUCACCGGACGCAACCAGAGUGCUUUCGGCGGCCGAUCUUCCACUAGUCGCCAAAGGUGGACUCGCUGUCAUCGACUGCUCUUGGAACCAGGUUGAAGCACCGUUGUUGCGCCGCGUGCGUUGCCGAGGUCCCGGUCAAAGGAGGCUCCUUCCGUCGUUACAGGCUACGAACCCAGUCAACUACGGGCGUGGUGCGCGCCUGACCUGUGCUGAGGCACUUGCAGCAGCGCUUUACAUCCUCGGACAGAAGACAGCAGCAAUUAGGGUCCUAGCUCCGUUUCGCUGGGGUGAUGCGUUCUGGUCGGUGAACCAGACCGCCCUCGACAUGUACGCCUCGUGUGCAGAUGCGGAGUCCCUGGUGGCUGCGGAAGCUUCAUGGCUUGCGCAGCUCGCUCAGGAGCAUGAGCAGAACAAGACCCAAUGGGAUCCGUUUGCCGGUCUGGACUCGAGUGACUCGGACGAAGCGGAAGCAUGCUGA